AUGCGUCUCUCCCAACUCGCCGCCACCCUCCUGGCCCUACUAGGCAACGCCGCCUUCGCCAAACCCGUUGUUGUCCAGUCUCGAGACACAGUACAUGUAGCAGCCAAGUACUGCGACGCCUCAACCAGCAUUUGCUACUCCGAGUUCAUCAGUCCCGAGAAGAUCGCCUACCGGUUUGCCAUCCCGGACAACGCGACCGCCGGCAACUUUGACGUCCUGCUGCAAAUCGUUGCUCCCAAGGCCGUCGGCUGGGCAGGUCUCGCAUGGGGAGGCGUCAUGGUCAACAACCCCCUCCUAGUCGCCUGGCCCUACCAAUCCUCCGUCAUCGCCUCCAGCCGCAAAGCCUCAGCCCGCACCUACCCGCAAGUCUCCAACGACGUCAGCUACAAGGUCCUCGCGGGGUCCGGAGCCAACGCGACGCACUGGACACUCAACGCUCUCGCCAAGGGCGCGAGUGCUUGGGGAACCACCAAGCUGGAUCCCAAUAGCAGCGCGGUUCCGUUCGCCUAUGCGCAGUCCCGUAGCCCGCCGACGAACCCGGCUGAUGUGGCUAGUAGGUUUAGCAUCCAUCAGACCGAUGGAUACGUCAAGAUGGUGAUUAAGAGGAGAGCCACUCUCGAACACAGUGUUGCUGAGUUGGUUUCGUGUAGAUCUAUCCCUUGGUUUGGUAGACGUCAGUGA